UUAUUCUAUUCUGUAUAGUAGUCGUCAUUGAGCUGCGACAUGAGGGUGGGAGAGAGAGUGAUCCCUUCGAGUGGGAAACGAAACUCCUCGGAGCUGGCAGAAUGCUGGAGAAGCGCCUGUCAGCAAACACUGGGGCUGGGCGGACACUGCUACAUAUACGAGGCGUCACCAAGAGGCUAUCUGCAGCCUGUAAACAGCGCAGACACUAGGACGGGCCAGUCCUGACAAAGCACCGUGCACACCGGCCGGAGGAGAGCGCACUGACCCCCGGUGAUCUCUCCUUAUACUUAUCCGGGUGUGUCCCCCCCCGCCGGGAUCAGCCUUGGCUGCCCUCUGGGAGGCUGGUGAUUGUGCUGGGCAUGGCGCGCUGGACAAUGUACACCUGCGGUGCCCUGUCACUGCUGCUGCUCAUCGCCAGUAUUGUGCUGCUGCUGGCGCACACCUUCAUGGGCAUAGUGGAGGGACAGGUCAAGAAGGCUACAAUAUUAAAGAAUGGGACAGAGGUCUACCAUGACUGGCUCAAUCCCCCUCCUCCAAUCUACAUGCAAUUCUAUUUUUUUAAUGUAACUAACCCACUAGAGGUCCUGGAUGGAGAGAAGCCUGUGGUCGAUGAAAUUGGGCCUUAUACAUAUCGGGAAUAUCGACCUAAGGAGGAUGUAGAUUUUCUUGAGAAUGGUACUGAAGUUUCUGCUGUUAAUCCCAAGACUUACAUUUUUGAACCUGAUAAAUCUGUGGGAAACCCAGAGGUAGACUUAAUACGGACAGUAAAUAUUCCUAUUGUGACCCUGCUGGAAAUUUCCAAAAACAAUAAGUAUUUUCAAUACAUAAAACCAAUAGUCAGUGGAGUUUUGAAGACGUACAAAGAAGGAAUAUUUCUUACAAGGUCGGUCCAUGAACUGCUGUGGGGUUACAAGGAUCCUGUACUUUCUUUGGUACAUACUUUAGUACCAAGUAUUAGUAACAUGUUCGGCCUCUUCUACAAUAUGAACGCAACAAAUGACGGGAGAUAUGUGUUUCUUAGUGGUUCCUCGGGAUACUUGGAUUUCACCAAGAUUGUGGAAUGGAACGGAGAAAGAAAUCUGAAGUGGUGGACAUCCGACACAUGCAAUAUGAUUAAUGGAACAGAUGGAACUUCCUUUCACCCAUUAAUAAAUAAAGAUGAUAUAAUAUACAUAUAUUCAUCAGACCUAUGUAGGUCUCUCUUUGCAGUUUAUGAAUCAUCGAAAGUUGUAAAAGGCAUUCCAGUCUUUCAUUUUACCCCACCAGCCAAGGUUUUUGCUAAUGUCUCUAUCAAUCCUGAUAAUGCAGGCUUCUGUGUGCCAGAGGGAAAUUGCCUUCCAUCUGGCCUGCUCAAUGUCAGUGUGUGCAAGCAAGGUGCUCCUAUUAUAUUGUCCUCGCCUCAUUUUUACCAGGCUGACGAAUCAGUGAUUAACAGUAUAGUUGGAAUGAAGCCCAAGAAAGAAGAUGAUGAAAUAUUCAUGGACAUCAAUCCACUCACUGGAAUGUUAAUUCAAGCUUCCAAGCGCAUGCAGAUUAAUGUCUAUGUACGCCGUAUUCCUGAGUAUGACGUCACUCAGAACUUACAGACUCUCUAUUUCCCAGUGAUGUAUAUUAAUGAGAGUGUCCUCAUUGAUGACCAGUCUGCAGAAAAACUCAGGUCCAUUCUUUUGGAAACUAGAGUGGUAGCGAAUGUUCCUUUUAUCAUCAUGGCAGUUGGGAUCAUUUUUGGAAUCGUAUUUGUUGUACUUGUUUGCCGUCCAUCCAGAACAAGAGAGGAGGGCACAGAAGAAGAGAGAGGACCACUUAUAAGAACAUCCUAACUAACAGUAAAAUAAAAAAACAUCCUAACUACAUGCUAAAAAAUGAACUAUGCAAAAUCAUUGCUGUCCGUCCGGGCUGGAAAAUGUUUUUUAUUUGUGAAGGAUUAGACACAGACUCCAGGUAGAAGAUGCCACAAGCGUUUAGUGACUUUCUACCCUCACAAUGAAACUGCCGUGAAUGGUUCAUCUACAUUGCAGUUCUACAAUACUAAGCACAAGUUAACAUACAUUGAGCUCUGUUCUAAUAACCUGAAAAAACAAAGGUCUUUUUGUUUAGUGUGGAAACUUACAAUUUACUGUCUAACAAAGGUGUGGAAUUCAUGACAUUUACUUUCCCUAUAUAUCAUUGUGUAUACAGACUGUUAUAUAGUUUAGUUACAGAUUCACUAUGCAUGCAGGAUAUGACCAACAAUAACAUACAAUCUUGGCGAUAAAAAGACAAACUGGCUGCAUAUACACAUAACAGAUCUCAUUGUAUUAGACUAAUUGUGGAUCAGAGAAUAUCAUGUAGUGUACUGGUGUGCUGUCCUUGUCGGUACAUACACAAUACUCGUAUGGACUGUUUUCUUAUUUCUUACUUAAAGCUGAAAUUUGCGAACAUACAGGAUUAUGCAGUUGUUUUAAGAAUAUCACAAGAAUUCAUCUCUGGGAUAGAAACAUAUACAGAGAACAAGAACUCAUUGCGAGGAAUCUUAACUAUCAGUUUAUGUUCCGUACAUCAGCAAACCAUUUAUUUUUUCUUUACCUUGUUUGAUCCUGCUAUUUUUACAGAAUAACAUAAAACAUGUUUCCAUUAAUGUAAUGGAUCUUUUGAUUUCAAUACGAUCUUUUUGAUGUCGGAUGUCAUUAGUCUGGUCAUUACACUGUUGACAUGCCAUAGUAACAUAAUUGAAGUUUCAGUGCAGUUUGGGGCGUUAAAACCCCAACCGAUCUCCAAUUGAAAAAGCAGAAGGGACAUUUAUCAAUGUUUGCUUAUGUAUUCUUUUUUUUAGUAAUUUUUUCCUUACUUUUUUUUUGCUUAUGUGUGACUUAUUUAUUUAUUUUUUUCCUUUUUUUUACUUUGGUAGUAGCUUUUUCUGCUCCAUGUUUGAGCUGGAGUAAAUUUAGUCAACUUUUAACCUUGUUGCGACUUUUUUUUGCGCAGUUGCGACCGUUGCAGUUGAUAAAUACCCGACUAAAGCAAAUCCAUUUUGAAAAAUUUACUACGUAAGCAAGGUUGAAUUUUCUUGCUUUUCUUGUUCUUCAUGCAAAUUGUCGCACGAACACACACGUAGUCGCAGUUGCGACAAUUAUAGUAAAGAAAACCUGACUAAACCCGUUGAUAAAUGUUCAUCAUUAAACUGAGAAUGAACAAAAUACCUUUAUGGACAGAUGUAUGAACUAUGGCAAAAGCAAGGUCAGAAUAAAAAAAAACUAUUAAAGUAAUACUAUGCUCUAUAUUAUAUAGAAGGACACUCUAAUGAAUAUUCUUUUGCAUGUUAGCUGCUAAUAAAAAUGAUAGAUAUUUUUAAAGGAGAUAUCCAGUGGUGAAAAACGUAUCCCCUAU